AAUUAAUCGCACACCAAAAGGUCCAUCACUAGCUGUAUUUGACAAAUCAAGCCAUAAAGAAAAGGAAAAAAUGAGUGCGACAACGAAUGAAAACAUCAUUUGGACCAUAAAAAACGGAGAAAUUGACGCUGUACAAGCUGCCUUCCAAAACAAUGCACAAAAUGUAAAUGAGGAAAUUAAGGGACGGUACCCAGUCCACUAUGCAGCGGAUUUUGGACAACUUAAUGUGCUUGAAUUUCUAAUUAAUAUAGGAGCUGAAGUUGAUAGAAAAGACAAGCAUGGUAUUACACCAAUUCUGGCUGCCAUUUGGGAAGGACAUACGAGCUGUGUGGAAUUUCUUCUGAAAAAGGGAGCAAGCAAGAGCGGCUCUACUCCAGAUGGCCAAAGCUACCUCGAGGCGGCGGAAAAGGACGAAAUUAAGAAACUACUUGCAUAAAUUGUAGAAUUGUAAUUAAGAUACAAACCAUUAGUUUCAGUAUCAAAUUCAUUUUUAAAACAGU